AUGGCACGCGUGUCAGUGUCCUGGCAUACGCGGAUGACCUGGCCCUGGUGGCCAAGUCUGAAGCAAUCGCUCAGGGCACUGCUUGAGGCCGUAGUCCCGGCGGCCUCGUGGGUCGGCCUCAAGUUCAAACCGGAGAAAUGUGCUACACUCCAUGUGGCGCGGCGUGAGGUGAGGCCGACAGCGUUUGCCAUAUACGGCUCCCCACUUAGGGUCCUUGGUGAAGGCGAGCCGUACCAACAUCUUGGGGUGCCCACUGGCAUGAGAGUCGAUCAGACUCCAGUGGACACCAUUUCAAGGCUCGAAGGUGAGGCUGCCGCCAUCUUUGGGAGUCUGCUUGCGCCCUGGCAAAAGCUCCACGCCCUGCGCACGUUCCUGAUCCCGCAAUUGACUUUCAACCUUAAUACCGCGAGGAUCAGGAAGACGUGUUUGCGUGGGCUGGACAACAUUGUCAAAGCGGGCUGUAAGCGGACUUUGAACCUCCCUGCUAGAGCGAGUGCUGAGUUGGUCGCACUCCCACCCUCCUGGGGGGGAGCUGGCCUUCUGCCAUUGGCCGACCUAUCAGACCUUGCUGCUGUAGCCCACGCCUUCCGCCUACUGACUUGCCCAGACCCUAAAGUGCACACACCUUGCUCUUCAAGGUCUCGCUGUGUCGGCCGGUCAGCGGUCUGCUGA